AUGGCUUCAGGUGAUCUAGUGGACAUUACCACUGCUUGCUCUUCACAAGGGACUUUCAAUGUCGUAGGUGUGGUAAUUGACAAGCUACCACUCUUUCGGACCAGAGGCUCGUCGGCAUGCAUCACCUUCACGAUAAAAGACUCCAAUUUUGAUGCACCAGGCUGGCAAGGUGGUCUUAAAGUCAAAUAUUUCAAUGAUGAUGAGAGUUAUCUUCCUAAUGUCGAGCUCAAAGAUGUAAUCCUGUUACGAAACCUCCUGGUGUCAAUUUACCAGAACAAACCAACAGGGGUUGUUUCUCAGAGAUCCAAUGUGUCAUGGGCUAUUUUCCGACCAGAGCCAAGCUCGAGUUCCAGUCCGUUCAUUACCAGCGGUCCCAUUCCUUUCGAGCCGAGUCUGAAGGAAAAGGAUCAGGCACACUCGCUCCUGGAUCGUGUAUUUGCCGAAGCAAUCCCUGUGCAACAACCCACCCCGCGCAGUAUACCCGCCUUUCAGCAGUCUUCUCAUGUUCAGGCUUCCGUUCCAGCCGCAAAAUCUGGAGGCCUACCGUAUAUCCCUAUUCAGUUUGCGACGGUUCGCCAACUUUGCCAGUUACUUGGCCAAGUUGUGAAUCUCAAGACUUAUGACAGUGAAAAAUGCAUGCUGGACUUGACUGAUUUCACUGAGAAUGAGGGGCUUGCCAACUACAAAAAACCCGGAGAAGGUGACGAUGAAUCAGGUCCUGAGGGCGACCGAUUUAAUUACAUACAGAAGACAAAGAACUGGCCAGGCCCAUGGGGUAAAUUUACCAUCCGAGUGACUUUAUGGGAGCCGCAUGCCAGCUAUGCUCGAGAACACCUCAAGCCAGGUGACAUCGUUCUAUUAACCUAUGUCCAUAUCAAGGAACACCGUGGUGGAUUGGAAGCUGUCGUUCAUGAAGACAAACGAUUCCAGGAGAAGAUUCAUGUCAGGAAGAUGAAUGAUAGCAAUGAUGAGCGUGUACGAGAAUUGAUGAACCGCCGGACAGAAUACUGGAAGAUCCACGGUGAACCCAAGGCAGAUACCAAAAAGGCCAAAAAGAAGAACAAGAGAGUCGAGCAGAAAAAGGAGGCCCGGAAAGAAGAAGGCCAACUGACCAUGCCAGCAGCAUCACGAAUCAAGUUGAAUCAACAUGAAGAUCUUGUUGGCGGAGACUCAUACAAACAAUGCUCCGGGGGCAUUGUCUAUAAGCUUCCCUUUCAAAACGUCAAUUAUCACUCUCAGGUCCGAGUAGUUGACUUCUUCCCCCCAAAGAUAGAAGACUUUACGGUUCAAACGACCAACGCUCCCUUGUUCGGCAAUCAGGAAAGUGCCACGGAGCCUCAACUUGGCUGGGAAUGGCGGUUUUGCCUUCUUGUGGAGGGGGUUGAGCCCAAACCUCCCAAACAACAGCCCCGAGGAAUGAUGAAGCUCUAUGUGUGCGGGCAAGAUGGUGAUUUUCUUCUUGACGAUUAUGCAUUCAACCUCCGCGACAAUCCACGGAGACUGGAAGCGAUAAAAGAGAAGCUUUUCCUCUUAUGGGGCAAUCUCGAGGAGGAGAAGUCGAAAGCCAUAGCUUCUGGUCAACAGAGUUGGGGGCCAGUGAAGUCGUGCCCAUUCGAGUGCUGCAUCAAGGAAUAUGGUGUUCACUGCACCCAUGUCAAAGACCCCAAUGUGAUGGAUGUCGACGGCGAGGUGUGCACCUAUCCUGAUUGUUUUGGAUGGGAGAGACGAUUUGCCAUGUUCGGCACGACUAUCCACACAUGA